AAGUUGGGAUCGUCGUGAGGUAUAUCGCGGCAGUCCGUCUCCAGAUCUUGAAGCAGCUUGGGAUAGAGUAACUGCCAAUGGGCGCCCAAUGGGUAUAACGCUCGAACAACUACUCGAAAUAGAGGAAGAACCUGCCCCAUUCAUGGCUAGGUAUCCGGAAGAGUACGGCGGGAAUUAUUUGGCGAUUGUAGAGGUUAUUCACCCCUUCAUUGCAUAAACAUAGUUCGCAGAUCCACCUGGCGUAACCAUUAUAUGGCAGAAGAUCCUGACUUUAUCCGAUGGCGCAUCCAUCCUGAUCACUGCGUCGAAAUUCUCAGACAAGCCAUUAUGUGCCCUCUGAUGUAACAAUGGUUUAAUUAUGAUUGGGUUUGAGGGACUCGACCUCUCCU